AUGGCACGCCGAACCGAGCAGCGCAUAGAGUUUCAAUAUGGAACUCCCCAGUCGGGCAUACAACCCCAGCAGCAGCAGCAGCAGCAGCAUCAUCCUACUCCGGUCCAGCCGCCGAUGAAUGUCCCUCAACCUCCAAGUGCCUCGGCUGCUCAGCAGCAGACCCCAACCCCAACCCCAGCACAACAAAGUCGCCAGCGAAAGCGACCUGCCCCAAGUACUACUCCAUCUUCGGCUGCCGGAGCGCCUGCUGCUCCUGUUGCGGGGAGCCAAGUACCAGCGCCGGCUGCCACUCCUUCCACACCCCAGACUGCUACUUCGACAUCUCAGCCACAGGCUGCCGCAGAAGAUGCAACGCCUUCGCAGCCGCCUCCGGCCAAAAAGAGUCGCACCAACACCCCAUGGACGCCGCAAGAAGAACUGCGGCUCAAAAUGAUGCGAGACUCGGGUAACAGCUGGGCAGAGAUAGCCAAGACCUUCCCCACCAGAACAGAAGGUUCGGUCAAGAAGCAUUGGUACAAGGAUAUGCACUACGCCGAGUUCGCGGAAGAUGAAAGUCAAGCCUUGUUAAAUGCAAUAAAGGAAUACGAAAACAACAAGUGGAAAGUGAUUGGCCAGAAGGUUGGCAAGCCGGCAAAGGCCUGUGAACAAUAUGCAAAAGAACAUUUCCCUGAUCUCUUCGCGAACAGCAAGGGCAGGUAG